AUUGCAAUUUUUAAGGACAAAAUUUGUCAUUCUAAUUCUUAAUAGAGACCCAAAGAAACCAAAAUAUCAAUUGACGUUAAUACCCUCAAGGAAGCGUAAGCGUUGACAUCGUUGUUAGGGGCAUUAAGGAAAACACGCAUGACCAUCACGGGACAAAAGAGCAUUGACAGGUGCGGCGGUGCUCCGACCCGUGCCCUGCGUCGCCGUAGCUUCGCGUUCUCCCCAUGUUGCGAGGGGUCGUCCGGCGGCAGCCGCCGCCCUUGGGCGGUUUCAGCCUCCAGCAGUUGCGGUGGGGGCGCCCAGGCAUGCCACGCGUCCCGCCGCUGGGCAAGAAGGGCGUGGAGGGGAAGUCGGAGUGGUGGGCGGUGGACGGGGAGAUGCACGAGAUCGGCGAGCACGUCCCUCACCGCGAGCGGUUUCUCAUCCCGAGGGACAACCUCCCCAACAAGCGCCGCAAGCAGAUGCGGGAGCAGUUCAUGCGCCGCACCCGCCUCGUCCUCAAGGAUUCGGAGCAUGAACCUUGGUGUAAAAAGUACAUGGAAUUAUAUCAAGAGCUUAGGGAGAAUUGGGAAAGGCUUUACUGGGAUGAAGGCUAUUCGAAAAAGAUUGCACAAGAUCAUGCCAAUUAUGAAUCUUCCGAAGAUGAUGAUUUGGACUUUUCACCAUACAGGCAAAGGCAAUCACAUGCCGAGCUAAAUAAGGAACAAGGUCUCCAGGGAAAUGAAACACGGCAAAGGGUUAGCCAAGUACGUGAUAAAUUUGAAUAUGACAGAGAAAGAAGAAUGAGGGACAGAGCAUUUGCUCCUAUGAAUACGGAUAAUAAUUUUAACUUCCAAGAUCGAAGUUCAAGGGUUCGGCCUUUCAAUGCCAAGAAGUUCUUCCCUUAGCCUUUCAGAGACUGAGCAAUUGGCACCCAACGGGUAGUGUGUCUCAAGGUUCCUUGUGUUCACAGUUUCAGCUUCUGACAAGUAAAAAGCAGUUUUUCUCAUGGCAAUCAUGGAUGCUUCUAGUUAUAUUCAGCUACAAAAAUCAAGGUGAAAAAUCAUGGAACUCUCACUGCUUGAAGCAACAUCCUUCAAUCUAAUUCCUCUACUUGGAUAGAGGAUGAUGUAACUGUUAUCCAGCUUGGUCGGGCUGCUUUUACGAAACUGACUUUUAAGUUUGCAAGCCCUACUGUCAUCUUUUUCGCUAUUUUACUAAACAUGAGAAAUAGUAGCCUGUUAUGUGUCUCUUUCUGUCUGGCAACCACUCUUAGAUUCUAGAAAAGCAAUAUUUAGAUCUAGUGGAAAUAAAAGGAAAAUGUGAUGCUUAUCAGAAUUUGCUAAAUUUUGCAGCACAGUUAUUUAACCAGUUCAAUUUGUUUCA